ACCCGACAAGCUUCAGAAAACUGUCGCGUCCGAAUCCGAGCCGGGGGAUCCAUCGGGCGCUGGGAAAUAGAAUACGGAGACAGAGAGAGAGAGGAAGCGCGGUGAAAACUGAAAAGAGAGAGUGUGUGGUGAUGAUGAGAGAGGAGAGAGAAACGAAUUUCGAUCCACAACAAAAUAACGAUGGAAAAGGACCACUACUGCCUCCGCUGGAACAACUACCAGAGCAACAUGACCUCGGUGUUCCACCAGCUCCUAGAAACGGAGGCGUUCGUCGACGUCACCCUCGCCUGCGACACUUUGUCCCUCAAAGCGCACAAGGUCGUGCUGUCCGCGUGCUCAGCCUACUUUCAAAAACUGCUGCUGGAGAACCCGUGCGAGCACCCGACCAUCAUAAUGCCCCAGGACGUGGACUUCGGCGACCUCAGGUCCAUCAUCGACUUCGUCUACAAGGGCGAGAUCGACGUCACCCGCGACGAACUGCAGUCGCUUCUAAGGACCGCCGAUCAGCUCAAAAUCAAAGGACUGUGCGACUCCGACGAAAAAAGAACUGCUACCUCUACCGUGCCGCCUCUAGUUUCUAGCGAACUCUACAGGAAAUCGUCUCCCACGCAUCCGGAAGACAAUAACAGAAAGUACAAGUACCGACGCUUAAAUCGAAAAGGACGCGGGCCGCCUUACGACAAUAAGAACAAACCCGGGCUGGAAAAUGAUAUGCCCGUAGAGGGUCGCGGCCUCCCGCUACCCGAACAAGAAACACCGCUGAACAUGAGUAGCCACGGUAUGACGUUGUUCUCGCAGUUCGACGCGGAAGAUUUCCCUCCGGAACCGCCGGCGCCGUCCGCCAUCCCCGUCGGCCACCUGGACAUGUCCGACCACUCGCCCACCAUGCUGACGAACACCCCCAUCCACCGUACCGACCUUUCGGACGCGACCACCAAGUAUACGAUGGAAAUCAAAAAGGAAGCGGACGUCAAGUUCGAAACAUUACGCUCCUUCGACCAGGACAGCCUCCUAGAGAUGGACUCGCACAUGAGCGGCGACCACUCCAUCGGCAGCCACGAGGACCUGGACCUGCAGCACCACCACAUGGACUACGGCGUCGGCAUGAGACCCGGCAUGUCCAACAGGCUCGGUAUUGGAAACGCGGGCGACACUAAGGACAACGGCCACGGCGAUAACGUCCACCAGAUGACGCCCAGAAGUCAUACGGGAGGCGGGCCCAAGACCUGGACCCAAGAGGAUAUGGACAUGGCGCUGGACGCGUUGAAGAAUCACAACAUGAGUCUCACCAAGGCGUCCGCUACGUACGGCAUCCCCUCCACGACGCUGUGGCAGCGCGCGCAUCGUCUCGGCAUCGACACGCCCAAGAAGGAGGGGCCGACCAAAUCGUGGACGGAGGAAAACCUCAACAACGCGCUAGAAGCGUUGAGGACGGGCACGAUAUCCGCGAACAAGGCCAGCAAAGCCUACGGUAUCCCGAGCAGUACCCUCUACAAAAUAGCCCGGAGGGAGGGUAUAAGGUUGGCGGCGCCGUUUAACGCGGCGCCGACCACCUGGACACCCGAAGAUCUGGAGAAAGCUUUGGAGUCGAUCAGGACGGGUCAGACGUCCGUGCAGAAGGCAUCCACGGAGUUCGGGAUACCGACGGGGACGCUGUACGGGCGGUGCAAACGCGAAGGGAUCGAACUGUCGCGGUCGAACCCGACGCCGUGGUCCGAGGACGCGAUGGGCGAAGCCCUGGAGGCAGUCAGGUUAGGUCACAUGAGUAUUAACCAGGCGGCGAUCCACUACAACCUGCCCUAUUCGUCGCUGUACGGCCGCUUCAAGAGGGGCAUCAAGUACGACUCGGACAACAUAGAGAUAACGCAGGAGGCGCAGUCCCCGAUGGACGUCCAUUCUUUCGCGGGAAUCGAGUUUAGCAACGGGCAACAGAUCCAGUACCCGAGCCAGCCGAACAGCUGAGACCCCGCGCUCGACUUUGAUUGCUUUUAGGGCCACCGGAGGCGUCAAAGUUUGACGGAUAUAGGGGGCGAAGCGUUUUGGCGCAAACGCUAGACUGCUCAGUGGGCGGGGCGCCGAUUCGGAGGGCAUAACCUCAAAAAAUCCGCACCGCCGCGUUAUACGUAAGGAGUGUUUUUUUUUCCUCGAAUAGAACGUAAUUAUAUAUUAUAUGAAGAAAAAGUGCAAUAUAUUGAUACUAUGAAACUACUUCAGUACAUAAUGUACAGAACCUCACCUCGGGAGACCACGCGCUGUCGGUGUCCCCCACUCUUGUAUCGCAGUCUUAGAAACAAAUAUUUUACUGGAGGCAAAACUUUUUUAUAUUUUUUCGUAAUAUUGGGUGCGUCAUAUGCAUUUUUAUAGAAUAUUGUUCAGUCAAAAGAUCACAGCAUCAUCAAAAUAGCGACUUAUUUCUUAAUAAAAAAAUUAGUGCCGUUUCCAGUUCGUGACUUUAAAGGUGGGUCGAGAUAACGACAUUGGUGGUCACCGGGUAUUUUAGCUAAUUCAGUAUUUAAAAUUGGUAAACCGUUACUGAUCUCGGGAUCGGCGGCGUGUUUUGCGGCAGAACCAAUAUGGGAACCGACGAGAUUACGUAGAGAUGGCCCCUCUUAAAAUUUCGUCUGUCGCAAAAACGUGGCCACCACGACGGUAUUCCUUAUUUCGCUGUCGUUUUCGCUAAGUUGCGCGUGUACAUAAACCGUCACUUUCGGUUUUUUUCCCGUCGUUGUUGACUACUCGCUAGAAAUUUGUUAUUUUUUUUCGUUGUAUAAUUUUGCCAGUCUGAUAUCUAGUUGAAUAAGGACGCUGAGAUAUUUUUAAGAAAUAAAAAUACUUUUAAU